UCAGGAGACCUUGUCUGGGUCCUGGCUGUACCCCAAGCUCACUGCACCUUCAUGCAGAUCGCAUAACCUGUCAGGGCCUGUGUGAUCAUCUGUAUAAAAUAAUGAAAGAAGCUGGACAUGGUCCAAAGGUCCUCUCCAGCACUGAGACUGUGACCAGGAAGGAGUUAACUAGAGACUGGGCUCUGGGUCAGGAAGGCAAGGGUUAAUCUGGGGGGGGGGGGAGGCUCUCUCUCCUUUUCCUGUGGAGAGUGAGGUUUGGCUGCCACCAAAGUUACUUCCAGUCCCUGCUGUCCCUUCUGCCCUUGUCUGAUCCUGCCCAGGGACCCCUACAUUCAGCCUCCAUACCCAGAGGCACCAGGGGGACACCCCCCCCCCCAGCCAACUGCUCUUGGCUCCUCAAGUAGCUGCCUACUUCCAGUGGCUUAUGGGGUACUAUCCUGCCCAGCUCUGCUAAGAUGAUCCUGGCCUCUCCCUCCACCCCAUCCAGGGGACGGACCCCCAGCGCGGUGGAGAGGCUGGAGGCCGACAAAGCCAAGUAUGUCAAGACACACCAGGUGAUAGCACGCCGCCAGGAGCCAGCUCUGCGUGGGGGUCCCGGACCGCUCACCCCGCACGCCUGCAAUGAGCUGGGCCCCCCUGCAUCGCCCAGGACGCCCAGACCCGCCCGCCGGAGCAGCGGCAGGCGGCUGCCCAGGCCUGACUCCCUCAUCUUCUACCGCCAGAAGCGGGACUGCAAGGCUUCGGUGAACAAAGAGAACGCCAAGGGCCAGGGGCUGGUGCGGCGCCUCUUCCUGGGCGCCCCCCGAGACGCCCCCUCGAGUAGUCCGGGCCCAACGGAGCGACCAGCAGCUCCUGGGGUUUGGGCAGCGCCCCAAGAUGCCCCGGAAGCGGCAGGAAAGCGGGCGCUGUGCCCCACAUGCUCACUGCCCCUGUCGGAGAAGGAGCGCUUCUUCAAUUACUGCGGCCUGGAGCGCGCGCUGGUGGAGGUGCUGGGCGCUGAGCGCUUCUCUCCGCAGAGCUGGGGCGCGGACGCCAGCCCCCAACCCGGAGCGUCGCCGCCGCCCGGCUCUGGGGACACCACCGACUGGACGUCCAGCGAUGGCGACACGGAUCGCCCGGACGGUGCUGACCGCGGCGGCGGCGGCUGCGGCGGCGGCGGCGGCGGCGGCGGCGGCUCAGAGGCGGCGGGCUCGGCGCGGGACGGGCGCCCCCAGGUGUCCGUGGUGGAGCGCAACGCGCGCGUCAUCCAGUGGUUGUACGGCUGCCAGCGCGCCCGCGGCCCGCCGCGCGAGUCGGAGGUGUGACUGCCGCCGCUGCGGCCCGAGCGGGCUCCGGGGAGUCCCGGACCCCAGGAGGGUGAAGGGGUGGGCGCAGGGCUGGUCCCGGGCACGGGCAGGGACGCCCCGCCUCCGACGCGCCGGGUGCCUCUAGGGAGCCCUUCCCUCCGGGUUCUUGGUCUCUCCCUGUGAACCUUGGGAGGAUGGGACAAAAUCAUUCCGAAGGCCCUUCCCAGAGUAGACGACGGAGGGGGAGGGGGCAGCUACGUGGCUCCUGUGGAGGCCGGGUCUGGGGAGAGAAGCCUGGAGUGGGGGAUCAGAGAAUCUACUGAAUAAAGGCAAAACGUUAAUUAAAGGAGUCGUGAUGC